AUGGCCCCUGCAACAGCAACCAAACUAGGCUACACACCACCAGAUGGAGGCUGGGGCUGGGCUGUCGUCUUUGGCGCUUUCAUCUCCAUAGGAUUCUCCUAUGCCUUUCCCAAGUCCCUCACCAUCUACUUUAAGGAGAUUCAGGAAUAUUUCUUUGUUUCCUACAGUGAGAUUGCCUGGCUGUCCUCAGUCAUGCUCGCUUCUAUGUAUGCAGGAGGACCUGUGAGCAGUUUACUUGUCAACCGUUAUGGCAGCAGACCUGUGGUUAUGGUCGGUGGGCUCAUGGUUAGCACUGGCAUGAUACUUGCUUCUUUUGGCAAGACUAUCGUGCAUCUGUAUCUUUGUGUUGGAGUAAUUGGAGGUUUGGGCCUCGCCUUCAACCUACAGCCGGCGCUGACGAUUAUAGGUACCUACUUCCAGGUCAAAAGGCCACUGGCUAACGGGCUCGCCAUGACAGGUAGUCCAGUUGUUCUGUUCACUCUGGCCCCUCUCAAUCAGUUUCUGUUUGAUUCUUUUGGCUGGAGAGGGAGCUUCCUUAUCCUGGGAUCCAUUGUUUUGAACUGCUGUGUGGCUGGCGCUUUGAUGAGACCAGUCCACAAAAAUGCCCAAUCAAAGACUGAUCCACCAGAAUGCAAUGGGGCAGCUGCUGAGGAAGCUGCUACAUCAGACACCAAAAACCAAGAGGAGAGCAGGAGUCAGGGCUGUGUGCACAAAAUCAUAGAUCCUGCACUUUUCAAACACCGGGGCUUCCUCAUUUAUCUCAUUGGUAAUGUGGUCAUGUUCUUUGGGUUUUUCGCGCCUGUGGUCUUUCUGGCUCCGUAUGCCAAACAUCAAGGGAUUGAUGAAUAUUCAGCAGCUUUCUUGCUCUCUAUUUUUGCUCUGGUGGAUAUGUUUAGCAGACCAGCCACUGGCUUCAUUGGCAACACCAAAUGGAUUCGGCCACGGAUCCAAUACUUUUUUAGUUUUGCAGUUUCAUACAAUGGUGUGUGCCACCUUAUAUGCCCACUGUUACCUGGAUAUGUGGGUCUGGUUGUUUAUGCUGUCUUCUUUGGUUUGGCGUUUGGAAUGCUUUCUGCACUGCUUUUUGAAGUUCUGAUGGACCUCGUUGGAGCGCAUCGCUUCUCCAGUGCAGUUGGACUUGUCACCAUUAUCGAGUGUGGACCGGUGCUUCUUGGACCUCCCCUUUCAGGAGCUCUGGUUGAUAUUUUCGGGGAAUACAAAUACAUGUACUACGCUUGUGGAGUGUUUAUGCUGGUGCCUGGUAUAUUUUUCUUCAUCAUGCAUUACUUCAACUACAAGAAACUGGACGAGGAGCGGAGGGGGACUGUGGCUUUGGAGCUGAGGACUUGUGAUGAGGCAGUGCAACUUAAAAUGAGCCAGGAUGGUGACAGCACAUGA